AUGCAGAAGUACACUCCUCCUCCCGCCGCCCUCAAUCUCAGGGCUCCGCCGCCCUCCGCCGCUCACUCCCACACCUUCGAGGCCUCCCUCUUCUGCUACAUCAUCGCUCCCAUCGCCUUCUUCAGCAUACCCGCUUUAAUUUACGCCUUCUUCAUCACCCAAAGGUGCCCCCUCAACCCCAACCGCCGGAGUACUACUGCAUCCGCCCGGCCCUGGGGCGCUGCCGCCGCCGCCGGGGGCGAAGUCCUCGACGACAUGGAGCUCAAGUCGCCUAUUAAAUAUCAGGACGAGACCCACGUCGGAGAAUACGGCGACGAGUGCCCGGUCUGCCUCUCGCCUUACGCCGACGGCGAACGCAUCCGGCGGCUCAGCUCCUGCAAGCACUCCUUCCACGCUUCUUGCAUUGACAAGUGGCUCUACUCUCACUCCAACUGUCCCGUUUGCCGGGUUCCUGUCGCCGUCAAAUGCCGCGGUUCGGCUGUGCCGGUGGCCGGAGAUAAUCACAUGCCUACAGGUUGGCCGGAUGCGAGUAGCUUGGUAUGA